AUGGCCAUCGUGGCCAAUGCCUGCCGAGACUCCGGGAGGGAGGAGGCGGUGUCCAUCGUGACGGAAGUGCUCUCGCCUCUGCUCGAGACUGUAGACUCGCUGUCAGUGGUAAGGGCACCUGCCACCAACGGCAUUGCUGCAACAGGCCUCAUACAACCCAUCCUGCACUACAUAGUGACCGACAUCGUGCGCGACCCGUGGAAAACGGAGUACCUGGGCCUGUUCAAGACGGCGUGCCUCGACGAGGACAACCUGGUGGACGUGCUGCAAUAUGGGCUGGCAACCCGGCUCAUACCUGAGGUGCGCAACUACGAGCGCGCGCACGGCGCGCUACACGCGAACGAAGCGCAUGUGAAACGAAUCUGCCAAGUGUUGGAGGCCAUCAGCCUCACCGUGGGCGGGGUGCCGCCGGCACUCAUGUCGGAGCUGGGCGGUGACAUCCUGAUACCGAACCUCAAAUUCCUGAUCGGGGAACGGCAGGGCACAUCCAGGCUAACACAAUCGCAGGCGCUCAUCUGCCACGUGCUCAUUCGCGUCGCCACCGCCGCGAUGAUCUCCAGCCAGCAUGCAUUCGAGGAGCUCUGCUUCGGGUACCACAUCUUCGAUCUGAUGAUCGUGCCCGUGAAGGAAACGAUGGCAGAGCCGCUGGUGCUCGCAGCCGCGCUUAACACCCUCGCCGUGCUCACGGGGAACCCCAUGAAGGGCCAAACCUUUUCCGCCGCCUUCAUGGAGGAAUUCGACGCGGGUGUGCUGCUGGCGUACUUGAGGCCGCUCCGAAUGCAAAAGAUGGCAGACGUCUACAAGGAGCACGCUAAGACCUGCAUGACCGCUAUCGGCAAUUUCAUCGCGCACCUGCUUGAACUCUCACGGCGGCUGCCGAUGAUGUGCCAGCUGGUGGACGUGAUGUACGGCAAGGGGCUGGCGGUCCUGAUACUGGACGCUCUGUCGCACAAGGAGGCCAACGGCGACGUGAGGCGUGCGCUGGUGCGUGCUCUGGUGAGGUUUCCAAUCGAGCGCAUCGACUCCGGGGCCGUCGCCAUAAUGCUGGACCUGUUGUCGCCCGCCAACUUCAGGGAGUUCGAGCCGCAGGUUUUCGAAUACAUAGUGGAUGCGCUCAAGCACAAGCUCGACAUUUACUCCGUGGAACGCAUCGUCGAGCGCACGUGCUGGCUACUGUUGGUCACGCUGAAGACGCCAGAAGCCGAGCGGUACAAGGUGCUGCACGUGAAGUGCGUCGAGCUGCUGCUGGCAGCCUCCAACAGACCCACUGGCAAAGUGCUCUUCAGGGAGGAGCGCCACUCCCUGAGCCUGAGAAAGGCGCUGAAGUACGAGGAAGAUUUCUGCGCGUAUGACCACCCGGAGGUCAGGGUGGAACUCGCCUGCGUGGGGGGCGACGUCGCGUUCCUGAACGCCUGCAUGUUCGACACGUUCAGGCUGAAGCAUGACAGCAAGCAGAUCUUCCGCGUGUUCAGGACCGUCAACCGCGCCAUAAGCGACGCUCGUGGCAGGCCCGAGAACGAGCUCCUGACCAUCGAGGAUAUCUGCGCGUGCGAGGUGGGCGACUUCGACGACGAGCCGCUCGAACCCCGGAUCCCACACGCUGAUGAAUCUAGACCGGACGAGCACAGUGCGGAGGAAACUCCAGACUCAAGCAUCGCAAACCCUGAAUCGCCGCCAAACAACGCUGUGGCCGUACCCAUUAACGUGGUGGGCGGCGAUCCUGUUGAACAGGACCGCCUAUUCCCGCACGACGAAGCGUGGCAGAUAGAUUCCAACGUCCACCGCGACCAGCAGCGGCAGCUCUAUGUGUCGAUGGACAUGCCGAAGAAGAUCAUGUCGUACCUCAGCGCUUCCUUCUCAGCGUCAUUCACGGAGUACUACCAGAUGGAACGGAAACGCAAGGCGCACAGCGAGUACUGGGCCGGUAUACUCAAGGGCCGCAAGUUGGACUGCGAACGGCUAAACAUCGUGGACAAGUUCGACUGGAGCGUCGAGUGCUCCGAGAUAUUCUGCGGCGAGAACCUGGCCGAAACGUCCCAGCUGUGUGAGGGCAUCAGCAAUGCCAUAUCGAAACCCACGCGGCAGCUCGUGUCCUACGUGAACUGGAAGCAAUGGCGAAGCCACCAGGGCACCAUGCGCGAUGGCGCUGAGCCCUUCUACACCGUGCGCCCCAGGAAACAUCUGAACAAGGUGUGGAUGAACGAAUGCAAGAAGGUGCUCAACCCGUGCUUCGUGGUGUCGAGCUUCCUGCGAACCCUGCACGCCCUCAUGGCACCCAGUGUGUCCGUGGUGGUCCGCGAUGCAGUAAGGGGGCACUUCAGGCAGGCGGAUUUCGUGCGCAACCUCAUCAAGCUCACGACGUGCUCGUCGUUCCUGGACGCGAACCUGACGGCCAAGCUGCUUCGGGUGUGCGAACGCGCCUUCACCAUCGACGCCUCCGUACAGGCGGAGUCCAUGGACAUGAUUGUCAUAUACGACAUCGUGUCGAGGUUCGCAGCGUCCUUCUGCGAGCCGUUGAUGGUCAUCACCACCAACGUGAGCGUCGACUGGGUCGACGACAGCAUGCAUCACGUGCAGCUGGUGCUGCUGAGGGUGUUCCGUGUCUUCGCGCUCUUCGCCAGGCAGAUGCCGUGGAUAAAGUUCUCUAACGUUCUCGAGAUACAGCAGCACUUCGUCGAGAAAUGCGUGAUCAGAUGCGUGCCCGAGCAUGCGCUUACGCUGGCACUCAGGAUCCUGUUCCAGAUAGUCUCACUGGAGACGGGUAGCAGCGUCGGCACGUACGUGUCCCACCUCUACGAAUCCAGCCUGUUGGAGCAGAUAAGGGAGGCGUGCGUGGACAUCGCCGUGGCGGCUUCCUGCGCGGCUAGGAACACGCACUACCCCCACGUGCUCAACGCCAUCAGCGAGCUGAGGCACUCCAGCUCAUUGCUGCUGCGGCGGAGCAUCGUGUCCGACAUCCUGCGUCGCAUAAGGCUUGCGGAUCUGGGCAAGAGGUUCCAGGAAAAGGUGUCGGAAACGCGAUUGGAACGCGUCCUCCUGAUGGACGACGCCUGGAUCGUCAAGAAGGGCGGGUCGACGCAGAACGCACUCAUGGCCGUCACGUCGCGACGACUCCACGUGCUCCGCGCCAAACGUGAAGACGAGUUCAGAACCCAAGCGAAGUUCCGCCCAAGCGCAGCGAUAUGGGAGAUAGAGGGCGGGCUGCUAUACGUCGUAUUCGCGCGCGAGCUGGUCGCCGACACCACGGCUAAACUGACGGACCCCCAGUGGGCGAUGUUCACGCUGCGGCACACCCCGCCCAAGGCAUUCAGGCAUUACGUAACUGCGGGCAACAUCCCCACGCUGGGGCGCUUGGCCGCCAGAGCGCUAGGAGACGCCACGACGUACCUCGGGCUGUGCCUGUGGGACGGCCGCAUCUGCCUCGCCGCGCUGACGAAGGACAAGCUGGCAAUUUUCGCCGUCGACCACGUCCUGCUGGCAGAGGGUAUCCGAAGUGGCACGUUCACCUGUGAAGAGUACACUACGGACAACGGCGACAUGCGCGCCGGCCAACCCCUGACUCCCGGGCAUAAGCCGAAGCCUAAUUCAGGAUCACACGGAACCGAGUCAGACGACGAGUCCAGUGAGUCAGAGUCGGAGGGGAGCCCGCGAGAACCCAUAGAACUCUUGGACGAGUGCUACUGCGACUCCAUCACAAGUGUUGCCUACGGCGCCGACCUCGCAGUGGCGAUCUCGGUGACAGACCCCGACGAUGAGGACGAGGAGAACCUCUGGGAGCUUACGUUCGUGUCCGACAGUCGCCGUGAAGCGUUCAAGAAGGCGCUGGCUGGCUCGAUAGGCCACCUGACCUGGUACAGACGGUGGGAAAGUGACGCUUCCUAA